AGUUAUUGGUCUUCGCUGGUGGCUUUUCUCCCAAUUCAAUCAAAAUUAUUGGUGUUUCCUCUUUCUCUUGUUCAUUAAUCAAAACAGUGAGUUUGGGUUUGGUUUCUUCUGAAAGUUUGAGCAAAGAUGGGAGGCUGUGUAGCACUAAAUUUCUCAUGUGAUCAAGCGGUGAAUCAAACCUGCAGCUGCUUAUUUGGUAAUAGAAAUUACAUUUAUAUGAUGAAGGCUAAUCUCGAGGCUCUGGAGACAGCUAGGCAAAAACUUCAAGAAAGGCGAGAGGAUCUGUUAAUAAGAGUUUCCAUAGAAGAAGGUAGAGGUUUGGAGCGGCUACCUCAAGUUGAAGGAUGGUUUUCAAGGGUAGCGAGUAUUGACUCUCAGGUCAGUGAUCUGCUUAAGGUUAAACCAACUGAAAUCAAAAGAUUGUGUAUUUUUGGAUAUUUUUCCAAAAAAUGCAUAUCAAGCUGUAAGUAUGGUAAAGACGUAUGGAAGAAGUUGGAAGAAGUUAAAGAGCUUCUGUCUGAAGGAGUUUUUGAAGAGUUGGCCGGAAAAAGACCUGCACCAAAGGUGGUGAAGAAAGUUAUCCAAACAACAAUAGGUUUGGAUUCAAUGGUUAGAAAGGCAUGGGACAGCAUCAUGAAACCUGAACGAAGAACUUUAGGUAUUUAUGGCAUGGGGGGAGUUGGGAAAACAACCCUCUUAGCUCGUAUCAACAACAAAUUCAACGAAGAGGUGAAUGAACUUGAUGUUGUGAUAUGGGUUGUGGUCUCUAAAGAUUUGCAAUACAACGGCAUUCGGAAUCAGAUUCUAGGAAAAUUACGUGUUGACAAGGACUGGGAAAAGGAAACAGAAGAGGAGAAAACAUCUUCCAUAGACAAAAUCCUAGGAAGAAAGAAAUUUAUAGUGCUAUUAGAUGAUCUGUGGAGCGAGGUAGAUUUGGACAAGAUUGGAGUUCCACGUCCAACUCAAGAAAAUGGAUCAAAGAUAGUUUUCACCACUCGCUCAAAGGAAGUUUGCAGAUACAUGGAAGCUGAUGAUGAGUUAAAACUUAAUGUUUUGUCAACGAAUGAAGCGUGGGAACUGUUUCAAAAUGUAGUUGGAGAAGUCUCAUUAAAGCGGCAUCCAGAUAUUCCCACACUUGCAAAAAAAAUUUCUGAAAAAUGUUAUGGCUUGCCACUUGCACUCAAUGUGAUUGCGAAGGCCAUGUCAUGUAAAGAGGAUGUACAUGAAUGGAGUCAUGCAAUUGAUGUUCUCAAUACAUCUAGGCACAAGUUUCCAGGUAUGGAAGAAAAGAUUCUUUCAAUUUUGAAGUUCAGCUAUGAUGGUUUAGAGGACGAAAAGGUGAAAUCAUGCUUCCUAUAUUGUUCUUUGUUCCCGGAAGAUUAUGAAAUAAAGAAGGAGGAGUUGAUAGAGUAUUGGAUCAACGAAGGAUUUAUAAAUGGAAAGAGAGAUGAAGAUGGAAGUAACAACCAAGGUCAUGUUAUAAUUGGUUCAUUAGUUCGUGCGCAUCUAUUGAUGGAGUUCGAAAAAGAAUUCACACCCGCUGUGAAAAUGCAUGAUGUGCUACGUGAAAUGGCUCUUUGGGUAGGGUCUACGUUUGGAAAAGAGGAAGAAAAACAGUGCGUCAAAACCGGUGUGAAGCUAAGCUUUAUACCAAAGGACAUCAACUGGUCAGUUUUGAGAAGGAUCUCAUUGGUGAGUAAUCAAAUUGAACAGGUAUCUUGCUGUCCCAAAUGCCCCAACCUUUCGACUCUAUUUCUCGGGGAUAACAAGUUGGAGGGUAUAUCAGAUAAAUUCUUUAAGUUUAUGCCAGCCCUUGUCGUCUUGGAUCUUUCGCGUAACCGUGAUCUUAGUGAAUUGCCGGAAGGAAUUCGCAGCUUGACUUCCUUGCGAUACCUCAAUUUAUCACACACACGUAUAAGUUCGUUAUCGGUUGGUUUGAAGAGGUUGAGGAAACUAAUAAGCCUAGACCUGGAGUUUACCUGGCUUGAAAGCAUUGAUGGAAUAGGAACAAGCUUACCAAAUCUUCAGGUGUUGAAACUAUAUCGUUCUCCUGUUUUUAUUGAUGCACGUUCAAUUGAAGAGCUUCAACUUUUAGAGCACUUGAAGAUUUUAACAGGAAGCGUGGUAGAUGCUUUAAUGUUGGAAAGUAUCCAAAGAGUUGAGCGAUUGGCGAGUUGUGUUCAACGCCUUUGGAUUAUCAAUUUGUCUGCCAAGGUUGUAACAUUUAACACGGUAGCUCUGGGUGGUCUUCGAGAACUUGAUAUUGAGUUGUCCGGAAUCUCAGAGAUAAAGAUAGACUUGAAAAGCAAAGAGAAGGAAGAUCUUCCAUGUAACAGUUCUCCAUGCUUCAAGCACCUCUCAAGUAUUUUUUUACGCAGUUUGGAAGGUCCAAAAGAAUUGACCUGGUUAUUGUUUGCUCCAAAUCUCAAGCAUCUAGAGGUGGCAUAUUCAGGAAGCCUAGAAGAAAUAAUAAAUAAGGAGAAGGGAAUGCGUAUUAGCAAUGUGCAUCCUGAUAUGAUGGUUCCCUUUCAGAAGCUAGAAUCCUUCAGUUUAAGGGGUUUGGAUGAAUUAAAGAGAAUAUGCUCAAAUCCUCCAACUCUUCCAUCCCUGAAAAAAAUUGUUGUCGAACACUGCCGAAAGCUGCCGAAAGCUGCCACAGAGAGUUUCCGAGACAUGAACAGGAAUAAUGAAGUUGAUGAAUGAGGCUCCGAAGCCCCGUCGCAUAUGUCAUAUGUGUGUGAGUGUAUCCUCUCAGUUCUUAAACUUGGUUUGGUUUUAUGUUCUUCUUUUACUUUAAUGGCAUUGUUGUCAAAGUUGUAUUUCUCAAACCUGGAAACUUAUCAUUGUUGCAUUUCCACUUCUCUCCAGUUUGUAUCCAUUUGGUACAUUUUC